AUGCAAUUACUUCCUCUGCUUGCUGUUUGGCGCUUCGUUUUGCAACGCCAUGAACGAAUAAUUCAUGUCUUCUUACGCAACCGUCUGUACAAUGACAUAAUCUUGAGAAGACAAGGUAUUCACAGACUCAAUUCCUGUGAAGUCCAACCAUAUGAUAUUGUGGUUCAUGGGUACCAGACGCUCAGUGUACUAUUUCGGGUCUGCCGUCACUCUAGAGAUGUCGCUUUAUCUUUCUAUAGAGUGCAUCUUCCCUGUUGGUUGAUUAAAGGCAGCAACACAAGGAGUACAAUCUUACAAACUGGAGUGCUCUACUUCAACCCGGAGGUAGACUUUCUCUAUAUCCGUCCAGAGUACUACGCCGAUUUCGACAGUAGAUUAUUUGUUCUAUUUCUCCAUGAUUUAAGAAUGCUUCAUGAUCCUAAUCAUGUUGGGCUUUUGAAUUUAGCCAUUGAUCGACACGGUCUCACGGGCCCCUCCGGCGUGCAUAGUGGUCUUUGCAGCAUCGACCCAGAUUCAAUUCAAGAGUCUCUGAGAUCAUGCUUGGCAGCUAUUCUCAAGCAUCUUCGCCAAGUCUUUUUUGUUUUUGGUCCAUACGACUCCCGCUUCGAUCCUGGGGCGUACCUUGAUGAACCGUCGUUAGAGACUUAUGUGAAUCGUGGGAUUCCCGUGGCACCGAUGGCUCUGAACUUUCGGCGAUUGCAUCCAGACCCACGUCCCAUCGCCCAGCAUUUAACUAGGAUCUACCUCGAUUCAGAUCCUAAUUUUAUGCCUAACAUCUGGAGGGCGAUUCUGAGUCUCUACUUAGGCGAGGGAACGCAGGUGAAUACAGAAUAUCGACUUCUAGUGUCUUCUAUCCCUGAUGAGUAUGAGAUCUACGAUUGUUUUGAUGGAGAGAGGUGGUUGGGAAUGGAACAAUGUACUUGGGACACCAGAAAUUUCAGAGUGGAGGACUUUACACAGACAGUGUUUGGGUUCUGGUUGUUUCCUAUAGAUGCAUUUGGCCCAGCCCAAGACUCUAUCUAUUUUGGCUCUGUACCUAAUUUUGUAGGCCACCCGACAACUUGGCCUGACUUGGCUUGGGUAGAGCUGCCACGAAGGUUGUAA